AUGUACUCCGAGGGAGGCGCGUUUACUGUCAACUGGUGGCGUAAUCGUUAUGGUCUGUACUCCCGUCGGCAGACCGACCCGAUGUUGGCCGAAUUCCUAUUCCGUCAGCAAGUGAAGGAGUGGUUCUAUGAUGUGCCUUCAUACAACUACGCGGCGUUGGUCGGAUUAUCAUUGGGGAUUCUGGUGGCUGUUAUUUGGAGGCAUUUCCUGUUCAAUCCCGACGUUUACGUGCGUCGCCAAGAACUGCGUAAAAUGUGGCCCGACAGACAUAGGCAAUUCGCCUACGCAGUUCCCUACCUCAACCCUCAGCUCAAAAAUCUCCUCCUGCCAUACAGGAACAGUUUCAUCGACAACGAACCGGACUACGCUGACUACAACCCUGUAGGCCUCCGCCCUCAGAGGACCCCAGCCAUCCGACGUAUACCGGGAUUCUUCUGGGCUAUACCCCAAUACUUCUUCGAGGACCCUCUUUACACCAGUUGUUCAACGAAGAACAUGCAAACCAUAUAUAAGAAGUUGGGCUAUUCGGAGCUCUGA